AGCUGGGCCCCGCCAGCCCUCCCUCCCUCCUUCCCUUCCUCCCUCCCUCCCUCCCUCCCUCCCCGCGCUGCUAACCAGGAGCAGCUGAGGAUAACACAAAACCCAGCACGGGACCCCUCCGGAGGGGUGCGGAGGUCACCAUGGACAUAAUUUACCUGCGCACACCCCUGGCCUUCCUUCUCCUCCCUCUUGUUGUCCUUGGGGCACCCACUGAUGAACCCAGCCUCACAGAACCUGCCCCUGGUGCUUGCAGGCGCUGCUGUGACCCGCUGGACUCUUCCACGGAUGCCUCACCUCACCCUCCCAGCCACCGCCACCUGCCCUACCCAAUGCCAGAGGUGCGUCCCUAUAUCAACAUCACCAUACUGAAGGGAGAGAAAGGAGACCGGGGAGAGCCUGGGAUGCCAGGGAAAUGGGGCAAAGAAGGGCCACGAGGAGAGAGAGGUGCCCAGGGCCAGAAAGGCAGCAAAGGACAGAUGGGCACAGCAGGGGACUCCUGCAAGCACCAGUACGCUGCGUUCUCCGUUGGUCGCAAGAAAGCCCUGCACAGCAGCGAGGGCUUCCAGGUCUUGAUCUUCGACACUGUCUUCGUCAACCUCUACAGCCACUUUGACAUGUUCAAUGGCAAGUUCUACUGCUCUGUAGGUGGCCUGUACUAUUUCAGCCUCAAUGUCCACACCUGGAACUUCAAGGAGACCUACAUGCACAUCAUGCACAAUGAAGAAGAGGCAGUCAUCUUGUACGCCCAACCCAGUGACCGCAGCAUCAUGCAGAGCCAGAGCCUCAUGCUGGAGCUUCAGGAAAAUGAUGAGGUCUGGGUGAGGCUCUACAAGCGGGAGCGGGAGAAUGCCAUUUACAGUGAUGAUGUCGAUGUGUACAUCACCUUCAACGGGUACCUGGUCAAGCCCAGCCUUGACUAAUUGCCUCUCUUCCUUCCCAAGGCCUCUCUGGCCUUCUUCUUCUUCCUCUCUCUCUCUUUACCGCCCGCAACCACUGCAAAUCACUUGGAAAUGAGCCUGUCAAGUCUCAGGCAUUGAGUGUGAAACUUGCCACACUGUCUCCCACCUCACACUCUCUCGCAGCCAGGCCUGUAUCUGUGCAUUUACAGUGGGACACUACCAUCUCUCACCCCUCACCUUAUGACCCCAGCUUAAGUUAAUGGCUUGUUCUAAAUCUGCCAGUGGGAUGUGGCUGGCAUUUAGGGUCCUAGAGUUAAAGCUAAGAUGUUGCCUCUGGGAACGUGUCCCUCCUUGGGACUUCCUACACGAAAGGCUCCCAUAGAAAGGGCUAAAAAGUUCCCACUGCCCAGGUGCAUCCUGGCUUCUCUCUAUCCUGACUAGAUAUGCCAGUUUUACAGCCUGAAACAUGGCCCUAAUGUCAGCAUUCACACCCGUAGUGUGUUGAGUAGACUGGGGUCUGCUGGUCUCCUGUAGCACAAGGAAGAUGUAGGAGCGGUGAGAGAAGAUACUGUCUUUCCAAAAAGAAGUCUGUUGGCCUUCCAAAGUAUGUCAUUGACUUUCUGUAGACGCAAUUUUGGGUCACAGAGCCCUCAGGUUAUGGCCCUAGCUUCAGGGCCCCGUGGCCCUUCCCCAGUGUAGGCUGGCUGUAAAAUGGUGGCCUGGUGGGACAGUCCUCCGCUGUGUCACCCCUAGCUCUUUGAAGAGAAAGGGGCCAGACACAUCCAGAUGCUUCAGAGUCAUUUGCCAUUGAAGCAGGAGAGCCCACCACUCUGUUCCCACUGGGGAUCACAAGCACAGAACGAGAGAGAGAGAGAACCCUGCCAAAACUCCCUCCCAAACCCCUGCUCGGUCUCAGUUCUCCAGCUCUGGGAAGCCAAGACCAGUCCAGACAGUGUUUUCCCUUCCCCAGGUGCAGACUGAACCUGAUUCUGCUCACUUCUGCAGCAGGGGUGCUCCCAUGGCCCUGGCUCCUGCAUGUCAUUAUGUCAGUCCUCCUGAAGGUGGUUCUCUCACAUUGGCGUUGAGGGACUGCUGUUUCAGGGCCUGAGCUGCACGCUGCAAGACCAAUUGCAGUUAAACCAUGGUUCCAAACCUGGGCGGGUUGGCACCUCUUUGCCUCUCUGUUGGAAAAGAACUAGAGGCAAAGCAGUGGCGUGAAAGGAGGCGAGACUUCAGCACCUUGUCCCAGUAUUAAAAGCCUCCCUGCCACAUGUUCUGUGCCCUUUUCUGGCAAUCUCAUUAGAGCAACUAAGAAAAACAUGUGGCUAAAACAAACCCUCACUUGUCAGGUUGGAUAUGUUGCAGUUGGAAAGGAUGCCAGAGGUAGGAUUUUCUACUACCAUUUGUUCUGGCCUCACUCACAUCCUGCUCGGGGUGUGAUGGUUUUUGGGGGGGGUCGGGUGAGACUGACUCAGCACUUUGGGAAAAUCACUUCCAUGAGUUUUGAUGCUGCCACAAAUUGCAGUGCCAAAAGUUGUCUUUUUUUUUAUAUAUUAUUAUUAUUUGAGUCUCAGGACAGGACAAGCAGGAGAAACUAUUUCUCCUCUGCCCAUCGCUGAUAAUGAAGUCUUCUGACUUAUGCUUCCAUGGCCUUAUGGUUAGCCAUGGUCUCUGUCUAUGGCACCUGUGACUACCAGAGCUCUCCGUUAGGAGAUACAAAACAAAUUAUUAUAUUAGGACUCGGUCAGGUACACUCAGCCCAGGAUGGCAAAGGUACAGGGUCACAGGCUAAAUAUUAAAAAAUCACUUGAGAGAAUUGCAGGACAUUUUCUCUCUUGCCCUGCUUACUUACCCUCCCUGCUUUGCUAAGGAAGCUGUGCAGACUGGAAUGAGUUUUAGGCACUUUCUGCCCCUGAUCCUCCCCACUGCUGUCACUGAGGCAAUGUGUAUAAAAAUGUGGUUUCGCUGAGGCAAAGCCAGGUCUUUCCCAGGGAACCACGUGAUGAUGGGAUCAUGGGAACGGAAGGAAACCGAGUUUCUUCCUUUCCCUUAGCAGGUCAGUGUGUGAAACUGCUCAGAGACAGGAUUCCAGGCAGUGGCGAAGAAGCAACAUGCUGGAGGUGAUGCUCAGGACUGAAUCCCUUUCUCUCUUCCUAAGCCACAGGCUGCAAACCCAGAUAUUGUGUAUUUAGAGUGCCCCGUGUCUCCCUGAAGAGAAGCAAGCCUCUAUAACACUGAAUAUCUCCAGAAACAAGCUUCUUUCUUCCUCCUUUUCUGUAUUUUUUGUUUGUUUUUGUUUUUUACUUACAGUGACAGGUCUCAUGUCUACCCAUGAGCAUCCAGAUGGUGCCUAAUGCAUGUGGUAGAGGAGGGCAGGGGGACCAAAGGGUAUGUUUAACAGGCUUCUUGGUGCUAAACAAGAUGGCAAUCCCUUGGUGCUAAAUCAGAUUUCAGGAGUCUUGGGUGCUUUCUGGAAGGUGUAAUAGGCUGAGUUGUAAUGUACUGUGGAAUUAAUGGUGCUUUAUGUUACAAAAACAAACUCCAAGAACUUUUGUGUGUGUGUAUAUAUAUAUAUAUAUAUAUAUAUAUAUAAAUUCUGUGGUAUUAAACUUUUUUCCCUGGUUGUUUUGCA